AUUACUUGUUGAGAAGGGAAGUUAAACUAUCAGCUGACACUGAGGCAGACAGUAUUGCUAUUGUAUGAGAGAUCUGUACUACAGUGGUGUUGUUGACAACUUAAUCUUGAAAAGUUCAGGAUUGUUUCUGCAUGAGGUUUAUUAAUCAUGGGACAUGUUCACAAAAUGUGGUAGUUUGUGGAUUUAAGCUAUUAUUAAUUAAAUUGUGUGUGUGUGUUAGCUUACAUAUAGAAGAUUUAAGGGAUAGAAAAGUACCUUACAGUUAUUGUGGCUUAGUGUAAACUCAAAAAGAAAGAACCAUGGAAAAAUGUUACCCCAAAGGUUACUCCUUCAACUAGAAUCAGUGUCAACACCGGAUGAUGUGCAAAUUAAUUUAUAGCACUGGUUGCUGACUGUGUUCAUAUGUACUUGUAUUGGAUGAUUUUCCCAACAUUUUGAGAGCCCCUCAAAUUUCAUUCGAUCAUCAUGGCGAUGACAAAAGUGAAGAACCUGCAGAUGUGGUGUAAGAAGAUGGCAGAGGGAUAUCGCGACGUGGAAGUGCGGGACAUGGAUAAGUCGUGGAAAUCAGGGCUCGCAUUCUGCGCCAUUAUUCACCGGUUCCGACCAGACCUCAUUGACUACGACUCAUUGUCCAAAGAAAAUGUUUUUGAAAACAACAAUUUGGCUUUUGAGGUAGCGGAGAAGAAGUUGGGAAUUCCCGCUUUCCUUGAGGCAGCAGACAUGGUGGCUAUCCGUGUACCUGACAAACUAAGUGUGGUGACCUACGUGUCACAGUACUACAACUACUUCCAUGAUAAAACUAAAGAUGGUGGUCCAGAAGUGAUGAAGUUUGUGGGUGGUGUAAAGAGGAAGGAAACAGCUGCAGCUGAAGACAAAUCUCUCACACCCGCCAAGACCAACACACCACAGGUAGAAAAUGGCAAGACAGCCACUAUCGGUGACAAGUGCAGCAUCUGUAGUGAGAAGGUCUACCUUCUGGAGAGACAGAUUGAGGGGGGAAAACUCUACCACAGGGCCUGCUUCAGGAGUAGUGAGCUCUCGCCUACCAGUAAAGUGUUUAAGCGUCAUUCUGUUGAUAAAGAAAAAGACUUACCUGAACAAAAGCAUAGAAAGCUGGAGCUAGACUUUGAUUCACCUGAGAAGAAGCCAAACUUUUGGCAGCAACACAAUCAGACACAGGCAAAGCAGGAUGAUGCUUCAAACAUGGAAGUUACAGUGAACAAUGUUAAUAAAGCCAAUAAUAAUGAAGACAAACUUUCUGAAAAUGCUUUGCCAAUAAAAGAUGUCCAGAAAAAGCAUGAUGCUGCAUCAGUUAUAAGCAAAGUUCUGCCAGGCUUUGGAAGUGAUGCUGCAACAAAUGAAGCGAAGCUCCCUAAAAGAAACAAAGUAAAUAUUGCUGAGAAAUUGAAGGAACUAGAAGAACAGAAUCUUAAAAAUGCAACUGCUGCCAAUGCAGCUGUUUUUAAAAACAGUGAUAAUAAGGCAGGUGUAAGUGAUAAAAGCAGUGUAUUGGGGAAAGACACUCAAUCUAAGAGUGACAUUGCAUCACAACCGAAACCAAAACCUAGGGUUCAUGUGGCUUCCACAUCAGAAAAAAUGGACACUGAUGAACCUGUAGCCCCAAGUCAGCCAAAGCCUGUUCCUAGGUUUCUGAAAUCCUCAGAAGUAGCAUCGCCUCAAUCAACUCCUAUAAAAGAGGUCAGCCGUUCAAAGUCUCCUGUUGAACAUCGUGAAAAGAAAAUAACACCACCCAUGAGGCCCAAAACGCAAUUCGUACCUUUGAAAGACACCAAUACAAGCACAGAAUCUGGUUCAUCAUUGCCCCCACUGCCAUCAUCUUCACCACCUAAACUUCCUGAUUCUCAGACCCCCAAAUUGUCUCAUCAUAAAAAGAUCACAAUUGUCUCUCCAAAAGCAAGCUCAAAACAGCUUUCUCCAAUUGAUGAUAUGGCCACCAGUUCUGGUACAAAUGCUAGUGGUUUUGCACUGCAUAAACCCCCAUCCAAACCACCCAGAGUUACAACAGUACUUGAUAAUCAAAGUAAUGUGAAGCCUAUGGACAUCAAUGAAAUACAUGAACCUGCCAAAGUCAUGAAUAAAGAUCCUGCAAUUGGUAAAAGUGUAGCACUGGAUGUUCCUAGACCUGAAGAAAAGGAAAAAGAAGUAAAGGGUGGGCUUUUGAAAAGUUUGGCUGACGUUAGAAAUAAACAAGAAACAGUAGGAGAUGUAAAAACAGGUGGUGUAAAAACACGUGUUUUUACAAAAAUAGGUGAAAAGUCUGAUUCUAGUCAUAACUUCAGUGCAGGCACUGAAUCAUCAGACAAAAAGUUAGAUAGUGCUAAGACUCAGCCUCCAAGGCCUAAAUCUGCUUUUGUACCUUCUGCCAGUUCACUUUCAACUGGCACAUCUGUAUCAGCAUCACCUGGGGUAACUCAAGUUACUACAACUACUAAAACAACUACAAAAACUAAAGUCUUUCAUAAUUAUAAGAAGUCAGAACCAUCAAAUGGGAUUGAGGCGAAGACUGAAACAAACAAGUCAGAUAGUGGUAGUGAUGUGCCGGAGUGGAAACGAAAAUUGGAAGAAAAGAACAUGCAAAAAGAUCGACCAAAAUCAGCUGAUUUAUUAAUUGAUAAACCUCAAUCAGAUGUUCAAGUCUUUCAUAAUUAUAAGAAGUCAGAACCAUCAAAUGGGAUUGAGGGGAAGACUGAAACAAACAAGUCAGAUAGUGUUAGUGAUGUGCCGGAGUGGAAACGAAAAUUGGAAGAAAAGAACAUGCAAAAAGAUCGACCUAAAUCAGCUGAUUUAUUAAUUGAUAAACCUAAAUCAGAUGUUCAAGUCUUAGAUUGGCAGAAAGAGGCCGAAAAGCGAAAAGAAGCAAGGAAGGGGUCCUAUGUGGAUCCAGAAAUAGGACCUAGUGUUGUUAAUGUGAACAAUAACAAUAAACAUGAAAGAAGUGAUAAUGUGAUUCAGAGUAACGAACAACUAAGAAAGCCUGCUCGACCAAAGACUGAAGAUGUUUCUGAUGAACAUAUUCCAAAAAGACCAGAAAAAGGUCCAACCAUACCCGAAAGACCGAAAACACAAGCAGACAUGAUCAAAACUAGUCCAAAAAUCUCUGAUCAAAAUAACCGUAUAAGUGAACCUACAAAGUCACCAGAACGUAGGAAAAUCCUUGUCAGUGAUACAAAAUUCAAUGGAACAGAGGUCAAAGAUGAAGAAGUGCACAAGAAAAAGAUUACAGUGGAUACAAAAUUCAAAUUUGAAGUCAUUGAUUCAAAGAAAGGUCCUGAAAAACCUCCUGCUCCCAGUGUUUUAGCAGAAAUGCCCAAAUCAACCAAGCCCCACCCUGCCAGACCCCCACCCCCUGCUGCUAACACCUCGCCAAAACUGGGUAGGCAACACAUCUCCCCAGAACAGAUACAGCAUCAGUUACGCUUGAUUGACUCCAGACUGACCAUGCUUGAAAUCAAGGGACGAAAGCUCGAGGACACAAUUAGAAAUGUGAGUGAAGAAGAUGAUGAGCUCAUGAUAUCCUGGUUCCAACUGGUCAACGAGAAGAAUGACCUAGUUCGCAUGGAUAAUGACUUCAUUUACCUGAACCGUGAGCAAGAGCUGGAGAUUGAGCAGGACGAGCUUGAACUUCACCUGAGGCGCCUCGUAGAGACACCAGAGGAUCAGAAGACAGAUGAGGACCGUAAUGAGGAAGAAGAGCUGAUUGAGAAGAAGAUGGAGAUCAUCAAUCAGAGGAACAAGAUUGUAGACAGCAUAGAAUGGGACAGGCUGAGGUAUUUGGAAGAAGACCAUGAGAUUGAGGCAAUGUUGAAAAUGAAAGCCUUCAAACAAAUUCCCGAGCAAACUCCAAAGAAAAAGAAAGGGUUAAAAUUUGGUCUGUCAAAAGGAAAGAAGCUAGUCAGGUAGCUCAUAUGCGCAGAAUGAAUGCAGAUACAAAUAUUCUGGAUGAAUCUCCAGUGUGACUGGGGAUGUGUGAUAUAUUUGUAAUACAUGUUGAUCAUGUAUUCAUGAUAGAAGGCAUGAAACAGUGAAAUGUGCCAUUACUAAGCUGUGUAUUUGUCAUAUUAAACAUGAUAUACACGCUGUUUACAUGUAUUGCCUUCCAGGCAAUUGAAUAUUCAAAUACUUUGAUGAAUAAAUAUUCAAAUACCAAUUUUGCGUUUUAUGGACAUGCCUAAUUUGAACACAAUUUGUGCAACAAGUUUGGUUUUAAAAACUAAGGAGAUCAGCUGCAUUGAGACGGAAUCACACACUGUGACACAGAACUCUGGAAGAGUAGUGUUACCAGGUGAAUAUUUGGUUUUCUGAGACCAGUGAUAUUUGAACACUAAGACCAGUAUACGUUUGUAACAUAAUAUGUGUCAUUGAAUUGAUAUCUGUGACUUGAGGGUUGAAGUAAAGCUUGUAUAUCUUACUUAGAAUUGUUGAGCUGGUUGAACAGUUUUAUAAUGAAAACUUGUUUUAAUUUAUUUGAAAAAAAAAUAUCUGUUGAAUGUAUCACUAUCUUUGAUCACUUUAUUUGUUGUACAUGUAUAUACUUGUUUGUUGAUUUAGUAUACAGGUAACUUUUCACUCUAAUUGCGACUAGUAAUAAGUAUGAAGCAAAAAUUUAUUAAAGGGAUUAUGUAUCAAUUAACAUUCAACAAAUAAAGUCAAUGGUCAAAUAUCAAACCAAGGAUAAAAAUGGUUUCAUCAAAACAAAAAACUUAUAUAAGGGAAAAACAGGAGUCAUUACAUUACUUAUUUAACAAAAGUUGAACACAAACAUAUUUUCAUUUUUUUUCCCAAAAACUAUAAUUCUUAAAAAUAUGGCAUUGAGUUUGUAAACAAAUUGUUCUACUUACUAAUGUGUGUUUUUGUUAUAACUUUCAUUCAGAUGUCUCUAUAAUGGUGCUAAUGAUUGUUCCUGUUUGUAAUGUACUUAAUUGGUGUGCUAUUUACUAGUAUUAUUUGUCCUAUUUGUAUGAAAUUGACACACCUUCAACUUGCAUUAGAAACAUUUCUUUGUAUUUCAUAAGGUUUUCAAAUAUAAGAUGUUGUAUAUUUAAAUAUAAAUCAUGAGUCAAGAAAUGCCAGUACAAUAUUAUUUCUCAUUGUACAAUGUUUGCACUUUAACAAAAAUACUGUACACAAGUCAGCUAAUGGCCUUAAACUGGUGUCUAUAACUGAUUUUUAUUAAUUUUUAGCAAGAAUACAAUAGGUAUGAUUUUGAAUCUUUAAAUGGGUAAAUCAUACUGAAUGAAGUAAAACUAAAAACAAACUGAUAAAAGUUGUUUUUGUUAUAAUUUUCUUAUUAAAUUGAGUAUUAUCUAAAAUAAUUUUGUGCCAGAGCUCUCUUUACUUUGAAAGUAAAGAAAUAGAAUUGGAAUAUCGCAGUUUUCCUGUUUAUAAAACAUAUAUUUUAUUUGUUAUUGGGACACUGUGGGGUGAUUCAUUUGUUGUAUUUCGCCCCUUUUCACUGGUUGGCCUAGCGAAGAUGAAGCAUUAGUCUAUGCUAUUUUUAUUGAAUAGAAACCUUUGGUUUCCAUACUGGUAUUGGUAAAAAGUAUUUUGUAAUGUAAAAAUAUGCUAAAUUUAUAAGUAUGAUAUAGUAUAAACAAGACUAUUGUCAAAAGCAAUACACUACCGGUGAAAUUCCACCAUCGUCAGAUUAAAAAAUAUAUAUUUGUUGCCAUAGCAACCAGAAUUUUUGACGUAGGAACGAAAUGAAAUGCAAGCAUAAUCUCCAUAUUGCCAUCUAUCCAUGUUUCAAGUUUCAUGAAAAAAUAUUAAGAACUUUUAAAGUUAUCGCAAUAUCCAGAAAAGUGUGACAGACUGACUGACAUACUGACGGACACACAGAGCGCAAACCAUAAGUCCCCUCCGGUUUCACCGGUCGGGGACAAAAAUUGAUAUAUAAAAUAGACACUUGGAACAUAUUAAACAUUAAAUUUCUUUGCUAAUUGUGUCGAAAACUGAGGCAUAAUAUUUUUGUUUCGUGGUACAGCAACUUUAAAAUAGAAAUCUGGCCAAUAAGAUCAGCUGCUAGAGCACUGGACUACCAAUUUGAGGAUUGCGGGUUCGAUCCUUCGCCUGAAAUAUUGCUUGUGUUGAUAUUGGUGGUGAAAUCCUUUCUCCUCCAACCUCUGGUUCAAGUUAGGGAGUUUUUAGCAUCUGGCAUGGGUAUGUGCACUAAGGUACACCAGUUAACCCAGAAGUGUGAGUUUGUAAACUGUCCGCUGUGAUAUAACUAAAAUACUAAUAAAAAUGCCAAAAAGGAUUUUGCAGCACCAUUCAUUAUUAUUCUUAAUUUAAUCCAUCAAUAUGUAUUAAAACAUACAUGGUCGAGUGGUACUUUUACUUAACUUUGUUUCAGAUAAAGUUUUAUUGAAAAAUAACCACCCCUACAGGUCCAUCUAAAAUACUAAAAAAAAAAAUAACAAAAUCAUACAGAAUCUUAAAUCUUUGCAAACCAACAUUUGAAAUACACAUUUAUUCAUAGAAAAUGAAGUGAACUAUAUUUUUCCUGCUAAAAGUGUGUUGCAUAAAUAUAUUUUUAAGUUCUUUCAUAGAACACAACAACUUUCCUUGUUGAUUAUUUAAAGCGAAGCAUAAAUCAGUACCAGUAAGUAUCUUAUUUAUAAUGUCUGGAAAAUGAUAUAACAUAAUCAUGCAGAACUGAACAUUAAUGUUGUGUAUAUAUUACGAUUUUUUUCUCAAAUUAAACCAGUUUGUUAAUGUGUAUCAAGAUAUUUGAUACUUUUUUAAAGAUCUGAUAACAAUGUUGUUUUUGUAAAAUCAGUGUUUCAAAAUGUCCAUGUGCAGAAUCUGUGAUACUAAGUUUUUUCAUUGUAUUUAUGUUUAAAUUGUUGAUACAUCAUUGCAUUUUUACGAAAUAUCUUUGAUUAAAUGUUCACAUUCCAACUUAGAGAGCACUGUUUGAAGUGGUGACCAUGUUUGUUAGUGGGAGUUAUGUGCCAUAGCCAAAUAGGCUUGCAAGUGGCAUUAUCAUUUGAUUAUAUGAUCAGGACAGUCCAACCUGUCAAUAAAGACCACUCAAGGGAUUUGGUCGUUGUGGCCUUUGUUCACAGGUGGUCUUUAUUCGCAGGGUCGAUCGAAACUUUGCAAAAUAUGCUAGUAGUUUUUUAACAGGUACCUUAUCUAUGUAUGUGCUCUAUUGUUUAAAUGUUUGAAUACUUAUGCAUGUAUAAUGAAAUAAAGGAUUGAAAACACA